AUGCUUGUGUUUCUUUCAAUCCCAAUAGUGAACGUGCUGGCGAUUGUGAUCCCGUCCCGGGGAAAGUACGGGCUUUCUAAAGAAGUCACUCGUUAUCUGAUGGCCAUGGCAGCAGCCGAUCUCCUCGUUGUUUUCUUAGACCUGGUGUUGAGGCAUAUUCUGUUAGUUUAUAGGGAAGCCUCUAAUUCCCUGAGGAACAUCCCCGUGUGUAAUGUCCACGCCGCUCUACGUUACGCGGCCAACGACUGUUCCGUCUGGUUCACCGUCAUGUUCACCUUUGACCGAUUUGUGGCUAUUCGCUGCCAGAAUCUGAAAGCUAAAUACUGCACCGAGAGAACGGCGGCUGUGGUUCUGGGGACUGUGGCCGCGCUGAGCUGUUUAAAGAACGUUUUCUGGUAUUUUUUGCUCUCAGGAAUAUAUUGGAUGUUUAACGUCCCUUGGUUUUUCCAAUUAAGUUCUGCUGCCAUGAUCUCAGUGGCCUGGACCGUAGUCGAUUUCGGCAGCUACAUCCUGACGCCUGUGAUCCCGUUUGUGGUCAUUCUGCUGCUCAAUGUUUUGACCAUCAGACACGUGUUAGUGACGAGCAGAGCCCGGAGGAGACUCCGGGGUCGCAACAGUGGGGAUAGUUCCAAGGACUCGGAAAUGGAGAACCGAAGGAAGUCGAUAAUUUUACUUUUGGUCGUGUCGGCGAAUUUCAUCGUGUUGUGGAUGCUUUUUGCUGUGCAAACUUUGUGGAUGCGUUUGCUUUAUUUCAGUGCUGCGUUCCCUCCUAUGACCAUGAGGGAGCUGGGCUACAUGCUGCAGCUCCUGAGCUGCUGCACAAACACGGCUCUUUACGCCUUGACCCAGAGGAAGCUCCGGGAGCAGAUGCGGGAGGUGGUGAAAUUUCCAUUCACUCACAUUGUGAGAGAAACUAUUCAGAAUGAAGAGCUAAGAAACCGGCGCUGCCCACCUAGUUGA